GCGGCUCAUUUAGAGAAUGGCUGCGGCCGCAGCGGGCGGCUCUUCUUCAGCCGCCUCUGCCUCCGCCGCCACCGGCACCGGCUCGUCCUCCAAGCUUCCACCGACCUCGCCAACCCCCCGGGAGCACCCAGCGCCCCGCCAUCCUCCGCAGCUGAGGAAGCGGGGCGACUCCCGCCGCCGACAGGCCGCCCUCUUUUUCCUCAACAACAUCUCGUUGGAUGGCCGGCCCCCCAGCCUCUUCCCUGGCGGCGAGAAGCCCCCGCCUCAGACUCAGGAUGAGAGCGCGUCCGGGCAGGCGGCGGCGGCGGCCGGGGAGUCCCCCGCCGGGCACCCGCUGCCUCCCUCUGCCGUCGGGCCGUCCCGUCCCGGGGCCCCCAACGGGCCUCCCCCAGCCCCGGCCCUGCUCUUGCAGCUGCCCAAGGACAGUCCCCUGCCGCCGGCCCGCGGCGAAGCCGAGCCCCCGGGCCCCCGAAGCGGCGUCUUUCUGCCCCAGCUGCUGCUGCUUGGGGGUCAGCUGGGCUCGCCCGGCCCGCUCACCGCGCCCCCCUCCGCCGCCGCCGGGGCCGCAGCCGCCGCGGGUAUGUCGGUGCUGGGGGGCAAGGGCGCCCCCCCAACCCCGCAGGGGCUCCUCAGCCCCACGCAGACCAGCAGCGGCUUCACCUUGGAGGUCCAGCGGCAAAGAAGGCGUUUUAUCUCCCAGCGCUGUUCUCUAGAAUUUUUAGAAGACAUAGUGGAAUAUGCCACUGUACAAAGGACCAAACACAUAUCUGGAUCACCAAGACACAAAGGCUUGAAGAAGACUCAUUUUAUUAAGAACAUGAGACAGUAUGACACAAAAAAUAGCAGGAUAGUUCUGAUUUGUGCUAAAAGGUCCUUGUGUGCAGCGUUUUCUAUUUUGCCUUAUGGAGAAAGCAUUCGGAUCAGUGACAUGAAGGUAGAAAGCCAGAAACAGAGGCAUCCAUCUGGUGGGGUUUCAGUGUCUUCUGAGAUGGUCUUUGUAUUGGAAGGAGUUGAGCUUGGUGCUGAUGGAAAGGUAGUAUCUUAUGCAAAAUUUUUGUAUCCUACAAAUGCCCUUGUCACACAUAAGAGUGAUAAUCACGCUGCAGCAUCUCAGCCUCGAUCUAACGUUCCACGGACUCUGCCUGGGUCAAGAUACAAAUCUGCAACAGCUAAAUCUGUGCCAUCAGGCACAGAAUUAGGGAGUGAGACAGGUGAUUCAAUAGAAUAUAAUCCUAAUCUCCUUGAUGAUCCUCAGUGGCCCUGUGGGAAACACAAGCGUGUUCUUAUCUUUGCAUCAUAUAUGACCACCGUGAUAGAAUACGUGAAGCCUUCAGACCUUAAAAAGGACAUGAAUGAAACAUUUAAAGAGAAGUUUCCUCACAUCAAACUUACGCUGAGUAAAAUUAGAAGCUUAAAACGGGAAAUGAGGAAUCUCUCUGAAGAAUGCAACCUCGAACCAGUUACCGUGUCAAUGGCUUAUGUUUACUUUGAGAAGCUUGUCUUACAAGGCAAGCUAAACAAACAGAACCGCAAACUGUGCGCUGGCGCUUGUGUGCUCCUUGCAGCAAAGAUCAGCAGCGACCUCAGGAAGAACGAAGUCAAGCAGCUCAUUGAUAAGUUAGAAGAACGAUUCCGAUUCAACCGAAGAGAUCUAAUUGGAUUUGAAUUUACAGUGCUUGUGGCUCUGGAACUGGCCCUUUACCUUCCUGAGAACCAAGUUUUACCUCAUUAUAGACGUCUCACGCAGCAGUCGUAGCCAAAGCCAAGUUCUACCCAGUUGGCAGGAAGAUUUACAGAAUGCUUUGCUGCUGAAUGACUUCCACUUCCUACUAAUCUUUUGUGUGCCCCUAUUAUGUCACAGCUUUCAGUUACUUAAAAUGUGUGUUCUCAUAAUGGCAUAGUUGAGUAUUUGUUGGGUGAAAACAGGUUUAUUGGCACAGAAAGGAUUAUUUCCUUCAGACACUAAAGCACAAGUAAUUCAUGAUGUAGUUGUCACUGUGGCUGUUUAUUCUUCCUUUCAAAAGAUGUUAUGCUAUUGUUCCUUUGAAAGAUUUUUAUCUUGUUUUCUUACUUACUCAUCAUUACUUUCAUUCCAAAAUGUCAUACUUCAAAUGGUAUUUGAAAUUUUUCCUGCAUUUUUUUAUAUGAACACAAUGCAUUUUUUUUAUGUGCCUGAAACUGGUCUGGUACCAGUCUUUUUCUUGCGUAAGUUAUAAAUUCUUAAAUUAUACAAUAGCAUUUUAUGCUUACCUGCAUUUGCCUUGCAUUCAGAAAAGAAUUCCACAACUGCAUUAUCAUAACAAUGGGACAUGGAUUUCCAGAUCUUGAACAAUUGGUUCAUCGAUGAUUUAAUUACUCAUUUAAGCAUUAAUAUAUGGAUAAAGGGAUAGUUAAAAUUUUAGAAUGUUAAAUGUUGGGAAAUAUCUCAUCAUGCAGUCAUACUUGAGAAGUGCAUUGGCUGAAAGGGUGAUUUGCGGUUUCUGUCACUUCAGGAUGGUCUUUGCCAUUGUUUUAAGUACCAAAAGCAAAGUACCUUUUUGACUACUUUUUGCAUGCAGUUCUCUCAAGUGUCAGCAGUUAUAGUUUCUGCUAUCAAAUUAAGCCAAUGAAACAAGAUUUGAAGUUUUUUAAUUGUAUUUUUUCACUCGAAUUCUGUUCUUCCAAGCAUCAUGCCACUGUGAUGUUCCUCUUGAAACUGGCAUGUUGCUUAUCCAAACAGGCACUUGUAAGACUUGAGUACAAUGCUUGUAACUGUCAUGGGCAGGAAAAUGACAUAUAACUCAAGUACUAAACAAAUGUUUGGAUAAAAUUUGCAACACUUUGGUCCUACAGUAGUUACUUGCUGAUUAACAUUUUCUUUUUUCCUAAGCAAUAUUGUGAUUGAGAAAAUUGGUGUUCAUUUUGGUUUUUCCAAGCGAACAAAAAUAAUUGGAUUUUUUUGAUUAAGGAAUUUACUUAAGACCAACUUGAAUAACAUACCUUGCUCUGGAAGAGAGAGAGGGACAGUUGCUCUUUAAAGUACUGUAAACUUGUUUUGCCUGUUUGGGCUACAUUAAAUAUUGUACACAUAGUAUCAAAUUGUGUACACAAUUUUGUAAAGGCAUAGGUUAGACUUUAAUUGCUGCAAAUUUCAAAUAGUUGAUGUGUCUUACACAGUAUAUACUACAGUGAUGAUACCAACUGGUCAUAAACUUGUAUUUUAUGAAUUUGUAUGCAACACAUGAUCAGUAUUCAGGUCAAUCUUUAUCAAAUAUGUCUUUGAAAAAUUAACUUGCAUGAUAAACAUGUAAGCUGAGUUCCACACAGUUGAAAAGCAUGCUGACAUAUACAAGAACUGAAACAAGUUUCUUUAUGGGGAAAACCUUUUUAAAAACACUUGUUGCCAGUACUGUCUGGAAAUCAGGGCCAGGUUACCGGCCAAUCUUCAGUCCAAACAAUUUAGGCCUCUCAAGUACUGGUUGCUAUUGGGUAUAUUAGACAUUGUGGUAAAUUAACCCAGGUCCAAUCAAGCCUAAAUAUUUGAACAUAAUUAAAGGACUUGCACUCCUCACCAUCCCUUCCCAGUUUUGUCUUUUUUUUUCCCAAACAUGUCAUACUAGACUACUAGUCCCUUUGCCUAUUUUGUUUUUUUAACUAGCUCCCAGCCAUUUAAAGAUUUCUGUUUUCUACUGGGGUUAUGUUGCACCAUAUAACAAUUACAGGUAAUGAAUUAGUUUGACAGUUGCUAGGGGAGGCAGGGAUGGAGAUCAGCAUGAAACAGGUAUAUUUAUCAUCUUGUCCAUCAAAAUCGUUUUUUGCCUGACACAGUACUACCAAUAUAGCUACGAUAGCUUUGGAAUCAUCUACAGAUGAGUAUUAUUACGGAAGCUACAAAAAGUAUGAACUAUGCUAUGCUCAAAUACUCUUUAUGGGACAGUGUUUCAGUUUUUAAAUGAGCCAAUAACAAUCCUAUUUGUAUAAGCACCUUAAACUUAUUUUCCCCAUGAGGUUGUCCCUUUAUCCAUUUUACUAAGGAGCCAGCCUAAAAUUAUUAAAAGUUAUUACUUCAGUUUGGCUGGUCUAACUAUGAAAUUACAUGCACAGUACCUACUGGGCAUUGAGUCUUCUUAAAAAUAAGUUAUGCCAUUGAAAUCGUCUCAAAAGGGUACUUAUAAAAUACAUGUUAAGCACUGUAAGGGUAUGAUUCCCAAAUAUUUGCUCUAUGGUUUACAACAUAUACUUUAGGUACUUUCCUCUAAACAUUCUGUAUGGCCAAUAGUGAAACUGUUGGCAAAUACAGUAAUUUAAGUUUAACUGUGUGUAUAUAUGUGUAGUUUUCAAUUUUAGCUGCCAAAUCGGUUUUAUAUAACCUAUUUGGCUCAAAAGCCUUGUUAUAAUAAAUGUACCCUUUUUAGUAAUAUAAAAGCUGCCACUGUGUGGUAGCAAAGAAUUACUGCAACAAAGCCAAUAUUUAAACCAAAAUUAAGCCCUAAAACUUUUCAAGAAAAAAUGUUGGAAUGUUUGAGCUGUCUGUGUUUAAGUAUUUGGGUUUGUGGCUAUAAUAUGUAGUGCUGCUUUCUUUCAGCACAACUGCACUAGGUUAAUGUAAACUUGUGUAAACUAUUUAGUUUUAAAUGUCAUUGUAUUUGAGUCACUUGUAAUUGGUCUGUUUUCAAUAGUAAGAUGAUGAAUUUGUGAAAUUGAGAUGUGCUGUGAAAUAAAACUUGCUUUUGAUAUGUA